AUGGACUGGGAAAUUGCCCAAUGGGCUAAAUUAUGUGGCCCAAUGUCAACUGCAUUUUCUGAUUUGCUUAGCAUCAAUGAAGUACAUGAACAACUUGGGCUUUCCUACAAAAACUCAAAGAAACUGAACAAGAUCAUUGACAAGCAGCUUCCUGGCCAUCCAAAGUUCCAUUGUGAACAGAUUGUCGUCACAGGCAAGGCCUUCAAUGUUUUCUAUAGGGAUGUCAUUGAAUGUGUCACUGCCCUGUAUGGUGACCCAGAUUUUGCUGAGUUCCUGGUCUUCACACCAGAACACCACUAUGCAGAUGAGGAACAAACUAAGAAGCUCAAUCAGCACAAACCAGGUGCAACCAUAAUUCCAAUUAUUAUUUCAACAUAUCCAGUCUACCUUACUAUUGGCAAUAUUCCAAAGGAAAUUUGCCAAAAGCUGUCUCACUGUGCCCAUAUUCUCCUUGCUUAUCUUCCUACCACCUGUCUCAAGCAUAUUAUAAACAAGGCUUCACAAUGCCAAACAAUUGCGAACCUAUAUCACACCUGCAUGGGCCAUAUUUUAGCACCACUGGAGGAAGCUAGGAUAGAUGGUAUUAUUGUGAAAAGUGGAGAUGGUAUCCUGCAUCAUGGUCAUCUGUUAUUUGCUUGCUUUGUUGGUGAUUACCUGGAGCAAGUCUUGGCUAUAGGAGUCAAAGCCACAGAAUGUCCCAAAUGCGACAUACCACCAGAUGAACUUGGAAGCAAUACCACACCUUUUGAGUUGCACAACCUCGAUGCUGUCCUUGAUGCAUUGGCUGCAAUUGAUGACAGAGAUCUCAAAUUUGUACAAGCAUGUCAUGAAGCUGGAAUCAAGCCUAUUAUCCAUCCAUUCUGGGAGACCCUACCCUAUGCCAACAUCUUCCAAGCUGUUACACCAGAUGUACUCCACCAAUUAUAUCAGGGUCUUGUUAAACAUCUCCUUGGUUGGCUAUCCAAGGCAUUUGGAGCAGCCAAGAUUGAUGUAAGAUGUCAAAGGCUCCCUCUGAAUCACCACAUCCAUCUAUUCAUGAAAGGUAUCACUGGUCUCUUGCAAAUCAGUGGUACAGAGCAUAGUCAGAUAUGUCAUUUUUUACUUGGUAUCAUCAUUGAUAUCCAACUCCCCAACCAUCUUGCACCAAGCCAUCUCAUACAAGCUGUCAGAGGUCUACUCAACUUCCUGUACUUCGCACAGUAUCCUUGCCAUAGUUCUGAAACAUUGACUCUUCUCAUCAAAGCUCUUGAUCUUUUUCACAAUAACAAGCAGAUCUUCAUUGACCUUGGAAUCCAAAACAAUUUUGAUCUUCCAAAGCUUCACACAGGCCACCACUAUAUCUUGAUGACCAAGACUUUCGGUAUAACUGACAAUUAUAACAUAGAAUAUACAGAACACCUCCAUAUUGACUUGGCCAAAGAUGAGUUUGUGCAAAUGACUCAGUGGCUCAAACACAAAGAGAAGAUUGCUCAACAUGAGAAGUAUGUCAUGUGGCACCUCCACAGCAAUCCCAUUCGACACCAACCACAUUCACCAAACCUAUCAUUCAACCAUGUGCAAACAUUAAUGAAGCAUCUGAGUGCAAAAGCUGUCCUGAUUCAGACAUUGAUCAUGGAGUAUAGGGCCAUGUACUUCCAUGAGGCACUCACAAGAUAUAUUGCACAGCUGUGUCAUCCAAAUGAAGCCACCACUCAUCACCACCUCAAGAACCUUGCUGCUACUAUCCACCUUCUGUUCCACACACUUCCUGUCUAUCACAUAAUCAAUGCACAUGUCAAACCACACCACAUGGUCACUAGUCAGACAGGUGCUGAUGUACCAGCACAAUUUGAUACUGUGCUGAUUAAUGAUGAGACUGGUCAUUCUAUCAGUAUUGAAGGCUACCAUAAGGCUGUCCAAAUGAUAUUCCCUGCCACAAUCAAGGCUCCCAAGCAUCUUGCCUAUGUAGAGUGGUUCACUCAGUUUCCUCUUACACCUGAUCCAAACCAUGGGAUGUACAAAAUCAGCUGUUUUGUGCAAUUGGGUGAGAGAGUUGCAAGUAUUAUACCUGUCACAAAUAUCCACCGAAGUGUUCAUCUCAUUCCAAAGUUUAGACAAGAUGGUCUUCUUGCCAAGAAUGUCAAGCAAGAGCUUGCAUAUACCUCAUUGCAUACUGUGACAACAGCCAUGGAGAUCUGGUAUGACCCAGAUCCAAGCUCCACCAUCAUCAAGGCAGACUCCAUCUUCAUAGAGUCAUUCUUUGUCAUGGUGUCUGAUUAUUAA